AUGUCAGCUGACGGCACACGGGUGGACCUUGCAAAUCACACAGCGACAAUCGAGGUGACGUGUGCAGCGCCAAGUGUACGCGUGCCCACCGAAGCUGCAGCGAACCGAGCUCUUAAAGCGGAACGGGAAAAGACUCUCUCGACCGUGCAUGAUAGACUGAUUCGCUCCUACGGAAGUUCUCGCCUGGCUCAGCCCCUGAUCGAUCGAGCUCACCGACUCCUCGAAUCCUCCAACAAGAGGAACCCCCUCAAACGCAGUUUUAAAGCGACCGGAGAUCACUACGACGAUUCCACCGGCUUAGCCGUUUCAUGCAAGCGUUCGUCCCAGUCACUUCCACAGAAGCCACCGCAGCUCCCGCCUCUUCCCACAUUCCCGACCAAAGAGGAUCUUCUUCGAAACCCCAUGUUUCAAUCACUGCCCCCUCCUCAUCCCACAAUAUUUGACGUCAAGCCACCGCCGCCAUCCGCAUCACUCGAUCUUCGAUUUAGCUUCCCUUCGCAACCUACACCGCCCAGUUUCUCAAUGCCAAGUCUGCUGUCUCGGACUCCCCCGAAGCCACCACCUCCUGUGAGCACCAUGUCGAGUCUGAUUGGUGCGCUGGCGGCCUCGCUGGGCGUCAACACCACUGCCGUCUCCCCACAGAUGAACAUUGCUCAGGAUUUGUCUUUAAACAGUCGAGAUGAGACACCUCCCCCUCCGCCACCAAAAAAACCCACCAACAACACCAGUAUACUGAGUGUGGAAAGGCUGUUGAGCGGUACUCAUCUACCCGCCUCCUCACCAGACAAGAGACAGGAGAGUCAGGCGUCCCCAUCAUCCACGUCCUCCGCCUCCUCAGCUGCGAUUUCACCGAAACUAACCACCCAACAACCGCCGAUGCCGGUUCCGCUGACUUCGUCUUUUGACACGGCUUCGGUUUUAUUUAAAAACCUCCUUGCCGUGGCAUCGGGUUCGUCGUCCCCGCAACCACCAAUGCCACACCGCGGCUUCAUCCCCCCUCCGCCGUUGACGUGGAUGAAACUGCUUCACAACGGUGGCGGCCUUCACCGACCGCCCGAGGGGGCCCCGGCAGGCAACGGAGCGGCCCUCAUGAUGAGCAGACUCUUCGGCGGCGGCGGUGGUGCAGGCUUUUGA